UCCACCAAUCUAAUGGGAAUUCGAUACAGACCCAAUCAGAUAUAACACUACAUGUACCAUAUCUCUCUCAGUACUGUGAACGUAUAUAUAUACUCUGAGGCGUCAUAUAAUCUGGACAAGGCGAACUGCAAAGUAAAGAAGCUCGCUUACUGUAGCCUUGUACGCUACGCGACACGACUGUCCGAUUUUCUGAACCCCUCCACCCCGCACUCAAGAUUAUUUUAGAACAGACGUUCAAGAAUAACAUCAAUAUCCACAAUACUGUCCAACCAACACUCGAUCAAUCCCUUGACACGCCCCAAUUGCUCAAAAUGCACGACCCACCAAUCACCAAAGCCACUGUCCUCAUCUCAGGUGAAGGCUCCAAUCUGCAAGCCCUGAUCGACGCAUCUACAACAACAAUGCCGUACCUCAAGAUCGUGCGAGUAAUCUCCAACAAAGCCAAGGCAAACGGCCUCAACCGCGCCUCCAAGGCAUCCAUCCCAACCAAAUACCACAAUCUCAUCAGCGGUAAGUACUACGCAUCGGGCGAGAAAGACCCAGCCGUCAAGCAAGCCGCGCGCGAAAAGUACGACGCCGACCUCGCGGACAUCGUGCUGGCAGACGAGCCGGACAUUGUUAUUUGCGCGGGCUGGAUGCACAUCGUCAGUCCGAAGUUCCUCGACCCGCUAGCAGAGAGGAAAGUUCCCGUCAUCAAUCUACAUCCGGCGCUGCCAGGUAUGUAUGACGGGAUCGAUGCCAUCAAGAGGGCGUACGACGAUUACCACAAGGGCAAGCUGGUGGAUGAUACGACGGGGAUUAUGAUCCAUUAUGUUAUUAGUGAGGUGGAUCGCGGACAGCCGAUUAUUGUGCAUAAGAUUAAGUGCAGGACGCCCGAGACGCUGGAGGAGCUGAAUGAGAGGGUGCAUGAGCAGGAACACGAGCUCAUACUCAAGGGCACGGCAAUGGCGAUACAUAAUUUGUGGGAGGAGAGAAGGAAUAGGGGCUGAGGCAGUAAGGGAAUACGUUGCUUUACAAAUUAAGUCAAGAAAGGAGAGGGCAUGCGGUUGUUGGAUUGCCCUUGAGCACUUACUUAGCCAGGUUGCCAGCGGAACUGCUGGUUACGUACUCCGAAGUUCAGGAGACACGGGUUAUGGCAUGAUAUCCAGAAAAAGUUGCAGGGCAGUGAGUAUGGCAAUCAUUGCGGUCCUUCGCCAACAGAACAGGAGCCAGCACUGCCACAAAACCAACAGGAUGUCGCUGUAGUAUGUGUGACACUCAACCGAUUGAGCCGUGGUAUGCAAAACUUAGCUCAGCAUGCCAGUUCCUCCCGUGGCCAUUUGUUCCUGAUUGACUUGCUAUGUAAAACUCUAAGAAGA